AUGUUCAAUGUCAAGCGUAUAGUUUCACCUAACAACAAACCACCUUCUGCAGUUACCGUAUGUGUUUUAGCGUUGUUAAUUGUAUUAUACGUUGUUAACUUAUAUGUUAAUAUCAACGAUAAUUUAGGUUUAAGACCAUCGUCGUUAUUUGAUUUUGAACUAAGUAGAUUGUCUUUGUAUCCAUUGGCUCAUUUAUCCAUAAUCCAUCUCGUUUUUAAUGUUAUUUCUUUAUUCCCAUUGUUAAACCUUUAUGAAUCCACUCAUGGUACCGUAAUGACAGCUGUUACUUUGAAUAUUACAGCUGUUGCUGCUGGUGUGAUGUAUUGUAUUGUAGGCUCAUUAUUAUAUCCAGAUGUCGGUGUUGCAGGUUCUAGUGGUUGGUUCUUUUCAUUGCUAGGUUAUUAUAGUUUCAAAGAAGCCAGUGUUCACCCUAGAACUCCAAUUUUUAAAACUCAUUAUACAAUUCCAACUCAAUUAUCUCCUUUGAUCUUAAUUGUUGUGAUAUUUGUUUUGAUACCACAUUCUAGUUUCUGGGGACACUUCUUUGGGUUAUUAGUAGGAUAUUUCAUGGGAUGGAGGGAAAAUUGGUUCGUUAAACUUCUCCCACCAAGUUGGAUAAUAGUUAUGAUUGAAACUAAAUUAGAUUUCUUAAUCAGAUUGAUACCAGGGUUUGUGAAAUAUUAUAAACAACAAGAUGUCGAGAACAAUGACCAGUACAUUUCAAUUUAUGAAGGCGCUGACUUACUACCAAGCCAUAAUGAAGAUCCUGUCAGUAGAGCCGUCUAA